AAACCUCCUGAGGAUGACUUGAUUGAGCAAGACACUGAGCACAACAGUUGGGAAACAAUUCUUUGUCAUUUUCAGGUUGCAGCUAUUAUCCACACCCUUUUUAGUGAUGAUACAGAACUGGGAAAUAUGGAUAAAAGCCAAGGAGAUCCACUUAACAGAGCCUACGAAGCAUAUCGUCAGGCAUGUAUGGAUAAGGAGCACUAUAAAAAAGAACUACAGCAAAAGAAAGACCUUUAUGAACAACAAACACGUGAGCACAAAAAACAGAUAGAAGACCUAAGGAAUCAUGUCCAUCAGUUGACCUCACAGCUCGAUGCAGCUGGCCACAGUGCA